GGGCGAGUUCGGUGCCCGUGGCAGUUUAGGAUUACGUACUUUUUGUGGAAACAGUACGGGCAACGCGGCGCGGGGACCGCUCCCACUUUUCACAAAUCCUCGUGAAACGCAUGGUGACGCAGUCCCUGAGCGCGCCAAUCCCGGGAGGACUGGAGGGCGGGCUCUUCAAAUUUGAAUCCUCACACUGUUGUGUGUUAGGGAACUCCCGGCUGCGAGCUGUCGUGCCUCCGCAGCGCGACCCUUGAGUUUCCUGACCCCCAAUCACGCAAAGCCGAGCCUAGACCGCCGCGGUCUCUCCCAGUCAGGACCUUCACCCAAGAUAUAGGAAAAAAGGACUCCUAGAAGAACUCUGUGGCUUCCUGAGCGGGGAGUGAAAUUUGAGGAUCUUCAAAAUCUUGACUACUCACGUCUCCAUACUACAUGAUUGAAUUGAGAGGGAAGAGGUUGGGCAACAUGAAAGAAGGUGUUAUGAGCUGGUUCUUGGAGCCUUUCAAGGUGACCAUCAUUAUCUGCUUUUAGGUUUCUCUGGAUCCUUGCUGAAGAUCUAUCCUGAAAAUUGUGUCUGAGUGAAUCUUCUGAUAGAGGAAAUCUGUUGCUCUUGUUUAUUAAUAUGAUUACAACACCUUUGAAACAUCCAGGGAUUCACUUGUCUUCAGAGACAUCUUCUCAAAGGAGAAAUAUGCCCAUUCAUGCAGUCUUUUUUGACAGCAUUCCUUCGGGUACACUUACUCCUGUAAAAGAUUUGGUGAAAUAUCAGAACUUUUUAAAAUCGAAUGACCAUAAGAAGAAUCAAUUUGUAGAAAUGACAGUUUUUAAAAAUAAAAAUAUAUUUCAAUCCACCAUGCUAGCAGAGGCUAACACCUCUAACAGUCCUCUUGAUAUCAGUGCUAUAAAGCCCAACAAAGAUGGAUUAAAAAAUAAAGCAAACUAUGAAUCACCAGGAAAAGUGUUUCAAAGAAUGAAAGAGAAAGUACUGCGUAACAAGCAAGAACAAGCAUCAAUAAACAGUAAUUUGCUGGAACCACCAAAAAGUGAAAGUAACAAAAUUUUCACUCCUAAUGGAGCUGAGAAAAGACUAUUGCAGCAUACAUAUCUCUGUGAAGAAAAGGAAAACAACAAAUCGUUCCAAUCAGAAAACAGCUCUCUGAGAGCCUCAGUCCAAGAAGUUCCUGUAGAACCAUCAAAUAUUUUACUCCCGGUCAAGCAAAAGAGUCAAUGUCAAGAGAAAAAGAAAGCUCCCCUGCAUAAUUUAACUUACGAGCUCCCAAUUCUGAACCAAGAACAUGACAAUGUUUUAGCUGCAGGAGUCUCAAACCGGGCAUUAACUAGAGCUCAGUUGGCUAAACAAAUUCUUCUUCAUUCAAAGGAGAAUACAGUUGCAACUACUAAGUCCAAAAAGGACACCUUUGUUUUAGAAUGCAUUGAUUCAGCCUAUGAAAAAUCCCAAAAUACUACUUUUGAGACUCUCAAUACCAACUGUGUUCUUGUUAAAAAUGGCAAUCAGUUAAUCGUUUCUGAUAAUGAGGUGACAACAAAAAGGACUUCACAACAAGAAAUUAAGGAAGGAAAUGAGAAAACAAUGCCCAGAGAGACUUAUCUUCCAGGUUCCAUAAAUGAUACGUGUAAAAUUGUGCUUGCAAGUCCAAAAUUUCAUGCAACAAUACCUCGGAGAUCAAAAAGAUAUGCUGCAAAGCCUCCUGCACCAAGUAUAUUUCAAACUACUAUCAAUGGAGUUAAAAAAAAUAAGGUAGUCCAGCUACAGGAAUGGAUGAUUAAAAUCAUCAACAAUAACACUGAUAUAUGUGUAGAAGGAAAAUUGAUAGACAUCACUGACAUAUAUUGGCACAGUAAUGCAAUUAUAGAACGGAUUAAGCACAACAAACUUAGGACAUUAUCAGGCAACAUUUAUAUAUUAAAAGGAAUGAUAGACCAGAUUUCCAUGAAAGAAGCAGGCUAUCCAAAUUAUCUCAUAAGGAAGUUUAUGUUUGGCUUUCCAGAAAGAUGGAAAGAGCACAUCGAUAAUUUUCUAGAACAAUUAAGAGCUUGUGAAAAGAAAAAGAGAAAGGCCAGGCAAACACAGAAAACUGGAAGUUUUGUCCCUGACACACAAAAAUCAAUGAAAAAUGAUGCAGGAGAAAACCAAACAGAUGCCCUCCAAAGAGCCAGUACCACUUAUGACCUUGAUUGUGAUCACUCAGAGCUAAAGAAUAGUAAGCAUAGUAGGUCACCAGGAACUACAGAAUUAAACAUUUGCCAGAGUAAUCACCAAAGUAAACCACCAUUAAGGCUCCCAGAUGACCAAAUAAAUAAUACUGUUCAAAAUGGAGAAGGAUAUGAUUUAUCUAAUCAGGAUUCUAUUAGAAAAAAGGAAUGUAAAAAGUUGUCUUCAAAGAAACUCAAAAAUUGUGAAAGAACAACAAAUAAAAGGAUAAUUAAAAGUCAGGAACAAGAGAGAACCGAAGAAUCGAAUGUACCUAUUGAUAUUAUCAUGAGGGAACCAUUUUUCUCAGACAAAGAAAGAAAAUAUACGGUUUUUAAUCAAAAGGAAGUUUAUAUUGUAGUAACACCACUUAAAUCUAAAAACGUGAUAGAGCAAAAAUGCAUGAAGUAUAAUCUGUCAUCUAGUACCAUUAAAGCAGUAGCAGAUUUUAUAAUUCCAAAACAUCAAAAGGAAAGUGAGUCACACUUAAAUGAAACACGUCUGAUCAGUAAGCCCACAAAGACUUUUGAAAAUGCAUUUGAGUGUGGUGUGGGUCAUAAAAGUAAAAACAAGGAAGAUUGCAGUGAACGAGAUUUACUCACUGUCAACCAGAAAAUAAAAAUAUCUAGUCCUAAAAAGGAACAAACAGUCACCUCUGACUUCAAGAAAAAUACAAGGUUAUCAAAAUUGAAGAAAACUGAUAAUCAAGUAACUACAUCAUUUCACGAGCAUCAGUCCUCAUCAGAUUUGUCUGACAAGAGUGAAACAGAAAAGGAAAUUAGAAUAAAAGCUGGGCUUGCUAAGAAAACCACAACAAGAAAUACCAAAGAAACAAUGGCUCAUCAGAGAAAAAGCACAAGGAACACCACAAGGAAAAUCUCAGUUAUUUCUGAACCUGAAACUGAAGAAAGUGAAAAUGAAUUUCAUAUCAAACAAAAGAAAGCUAGAUGUUCUGCUAAAAAAAAUCUUCAAAAAUCUGGUAUUAGGAAUGAGUUUCCAGUUGAUACGAUGGAAUUUGAUAAGACGAAGAGGCUUUUACCUGGUUCAGUUCAGGAUGAGGAAUGGAAUGAGAACGAAUUACAGAAACUGCAUUGUGCUUUUGCAUCUGUUCCUAAGCACAAACCUGGUUUCUGGUCAGAUGUAGCUAUGGCUGUAGGUUCUCGGUCUGCUGAAGAAUGCCAAAGGAAAUACUUGGAAGAUCCCCGAAGAAAAGGAUCCCAAAAACAUGUCACUAAGAAAAAGCCAGUCAGUCUCAAAGGCCAAAAUGACAAGAGAUGUGAUGCUGACAAGAAGCAAACUAUUAAGAUAACUGCCAAAGUGGGAACUCUUAAAAGGAAGCGGCAGAUGAGGGAUUUUCUGGAGCAGUUGCCAAAAGAUGACCAUGAUGAUUUUUUCAGUACAACACCUUUGCAGAAUCGAAGAGUACUGUUGCCGAGUUUCCAUUACAAUCAAGAGGAUGAUAUUCUGCCAAAUAUGGACAGAAAUCCAACAACUCCAUCAUCAGUUAUCUUUCCUUUGGCAAAAACUCCUCAGUGUCAGCAUGUCAGUCCUGGAAUGCUAGCCUCUAUAGAUAGGGAUGAUUGUGAUAAAUAUGUUUUUCAUAUGCAAAAAAACCAUAAAAGUAAAGGUGGCGUUGUCUGGGGAAUUAUCAAGAAAAAAACAGUUGAAAAUGAUUCUUCAAGUCCAGCAUCAAGAAAAACCCCAUUUAACAAAGAAUUAGAAAACUCUAAUAUCGGAAAACUUUUCACUAAUGCUAUGGAAUCUUUAGAUGAAGAAGAGAAAGAUUAUUAUUUUUCAAACUCUGAUUCUUCAUAGUAAAAAUGAGAAAUUUCCAGGAUUUAUAUGAAGAAGACUGUAUGUGUAUCUUCAUUUAGAGUACCUAUAUUUAUAAUGUAGUUUCAUGUGAAAUUGUGGACUCUUUUUCAAAGGACUUAUGUGUUUAUUAUUCAAAGUUAAAGAUCCUUUAGAAUAUUCCUCAUUGUUUUAGCUUACUAAAAAUAUAAGGAAAUUUAUUUUGCUUGUUAUAUAGAUAUUUCUAAAUUUGUUUUUGUUAAAAUACAUCUAAAUAAGUCUCAUAAGCAUCUGAGUCUGUUAUGAAAAUCAUGCUCCAAACCAGAUUUUUAAACAGCUUUCAAGAAAAUACUGCUAUCCUUAAGGGAGGAGGUGGGGGAGAAUAAAAGAUAGAUUGUAUUGGUAGCUACUGAAUUCACGAAAACUUUGAGUUAGCAUUUUCCACCACUUGGUAUACAAGCCAGAAUUGAUGUUUAAAUUACGUGUUGUCGAAACUUUCAUAUGCUUUCUUUUCUCCUAAUUGUUUUUCUUAAAACUUGUGAUCGGCAUAUAUAUGAAACUGAUGUAAACUUUUAUUGCUUUUUCAGGUGGAACAGAUUUUGUUGCAUUCUUAAGCCUUAUUUACAUAUGCAGACACAGCUUAAAUUUGGUCUCAGUAUUAAAAAAAACUGGAUUAGACAUACAUUCAAGGUCUACCAUUGUCAGCAGUUAAGUUAAUAUGUCAUAAUAAACAUUGUCUUCCUUUUAGAUAGUAGCUCUUUUAGAACUUUUUAGCUUAUUCUGCCAUUAUGUUUUAAAACUUGACACAGGCUGUUCCCCUCUGGUUACAGUACAUAUUCUCCCUACCCUUUCUCUCUAGUUAGGUUCAAAUAAAAUUAGUUUGCUUUUAUAAUA